AUGUCUGGCGUCGAGGUGCUGGGUGCCAUCACUGCCGUUAUCGGCAUUCUCGAGAGCUCCAUCAAAGUCUACGAUGGUGCCAAGAGAGACAAGAAGCUACCAGAGACGCUCAAAAUAGUUGGAAUCCGAAUGCCCGUUAUCCUCGAUACCCUUCGGACAUGCGCGAACAAGCUAAGGCCGAAUGAACACCCUAUGCCCACGGAUAUCUGCGACGCCUUGGAGAAUAUACUUUUUGCUUGUGAAGAGAAAGCAGAGACGCUGGAAAAAAUAUUUAAGAAUGUCAUUCCUGCUGAGGCUGAUUCGUGGGAGCGAUAUUUGAAGGUCGUUCGGAGAGUUGGAAAGGGGAAACAAGUCGAAGAGCUGAUGGAAGCGCUCACUAAAGAUGUCCAACUCCUUGUCAAUCACGACGCGGUCAGCUCUGCCACACCGGAGCAGAAUGAUCAACUUGAACAUAUUGUCGAAGAGAUGCAAUCUCUCAGAAGCUCCAUUGCUGAGGAGCAGCAUCAGCCCUUGAGGUUUGAGAGCGGCGGAGGGGCACAGACCAACAAUGUCAAUAGCGGCAGUGGCCAGCAAAUCAACAACAAUGGCCAUGUCGGAGCCCAGAAUUUUCUUUCUGGUGAGAGGGGCUCGUGA